GGACGAGAUCCAACGCAUCAAAUCUGUGAAUCCUGAUAUAUCCCACAGAGAGGCCUUCAGUGCAGCUGCUAAGAAUUGGGCCCACUUUCCACACAUUCACUUUGGUCUCAUGCCUGACCAGACUGUGAAGAAGACAAACGUGCGCCAGCAGGAAGGAGAGGAUGUUCUGAUGAAAGAUGGGUUUUUUGCUUCAGCUAAUAACGUUCGUGUCUCUCCUUACUAAGUGAGAACUGCAAGCUGCAAGCUGCAAGCUGCUGCAGCUUUGAUGUGUUUGUUGUGGUGGUGGAAGAAAAGCAGAAUUGUGAUGAUGCCUAAAGUCUAAAAUUAAUUUCUUCACAACGGCCAUAUGUUGAUAACUAUUUAGAUGUAGGCUUAAGAUUUUAAUAUCUACAGUUUGGUUAAAAGAAAAACCCUUGUAUUUUGAAGACUUUAUUAUCCUUUAAUUAUUAUGUUAUGGUAAUAUAUAGCUCACCAGUGUUGCUAGAUGCUGGCCAAUCAA